AUGAAACAGAAGGCCACCGUGAGCGUCUCCCGCCGCAAGUCCCGCAAGGCGUACUUCACUGCGCCGUCGCACAUCCGCCGGAAGCUGAUGAGUGCGCCCCUCAGCAAGGACCUCCGCGCCAAGUACAACGUCCGCUCGCUUCCGAUCAGGCGCGACGACGAGGUCAUGAUCGCUCGCGGGCAUUACCAUGACCGCGAGGGGAAGGUCACGCAAGUCUACCGCAAGAAGUGGCGCAUCCACGUCGAGCGCGUCACGCGCGACAAGGCCAACGGCCAGACAGUGCCAAUCGGCAUCCACCCAUCCAAGGUCACUAUCACGAAGAUCAAGCUGGACAAGGACCGCAAGGCUCUGCUGGACCGCAAGAGCGGCAAGGGCAAGAAAGGGGAGAAGUAUACGGACAAGGACGACAUGUAG